AUGAGCCUAAUAAUGAAGUACACGAGUGAAGGAGUGCCGAAAAACUGGGACGGCAAGGAUUGGCAGACAUACAAAUGGGGGAUGACAACUGUCUUUAAAGAGAACGACCUCAGGGCGAUUGCAGUUGGUAGUACGACCAAGGAAAUGCUUGCUACUGCUCGUGCACAAAAGCAAGAAGAGUUUGAGAAGAAGCAUGUUAAGAUCAUGCAAAUGAUCGGUAUGUCUUUACCUUCGGAAGUAUUACAGCAAAUACGCGACAAGAAGACCGGAUUGGAUAUGUGGGAAAAGCUUUGCAAUCUCUACGAAGGGAAACAGAACGAAGCAGUCAGGGUAAAAACGAUUCGUCGCGUGGAACAUGAGCUUUGGAUUCCCAAGCUCACACCUGAAGGAGAUGCAAACCUGCAUAUGUGCAAAUGUUAA